AUCGCCGCACCUGUAAAGAUGGCUGACGCGGAGCAGCCGGACUCCAGCAGCCUCCCAUCGCCAAGUGACAAUUUAUCAGUGCCCUCGUCAUCAGCCAAUUCGAGAACCGACUGCAGUAUUGAACCCCUCACACCGUCACCCUCACCGAGGGUGGAGGUCAGACCACGCAUGGCCUGUCCGUUCUCAGUUGUCGUGGCAAUAGACUUUGGCACAACCUCCAGCGGCUACGCUUUCAGCUUCACCGAGGACUCGGAAGCCAUACACAUGAUGAAGCGCUGGGAGGGCGGCGACCCCGGCGUAGCCAAUCAAAAGAGCCCCACGUGUCUGCUGUUGACGCCCGACUUGCGCUUCCACAGUUUUGGGUUCGCGGCACGGGACUUUUACCACGACCUGGAUCCAGACGAGGCCCGGCAGUGGCUCUACUUUGAUAAGUUCAAGAUGAAGAUCCACAGCACUUGUGAUCUCACGAUGGAGACCGAGCUGGAGGCGGUUAACGGCCGACGGGUGGCAGCCAUUGAGGUGUUCGCUCACGCGCUGCGCUUCUUCAGGGAGCACGCCCUAAAGGAGGUGAAGGAGCAGACCUCUUCCGUGCUGGAGGGGGACGAGAUCAGAUGGGUGAUCACCGUCCCUGCCGUGUGGCGGCAACCUGCCAAACAGUUCAUGAGAGAGGCCGCCUACCUGGCAGGUCUGGUGUCCCCGGAUUGUCCCGAGCAACUCCUCAUCGCUCUCGAACCGGAGGCCGCCUCCAUUUACUGCCGCAAGCUCCGCCUACACCAGGUGACCGACCUGAGCCUGCAGCCGAUGGCGAACGGCGUGGAUGUGAGCGGAUCGCGGCCUUUUGACUCCAGCUUUAGGCAAGCCCGGGAGCAGUUGAGGCGAUCCCGACACAGCAGGACCUUCAUCGUGGAGAGCGGAACCGGGGAGCUGUGGUCCGAGCUGCAGACCGGUGACAAGUACAUUGUAGCAGACUGCGGAGGAGGAACGGUGGAUCUGACGGUCCAUCAAAUCGAGCAGCCGCAGGGGACGCUGAAAGAACUGUACAAGGCCUCAGGUGGUCCGUAUGGAGCCGUGGGCGUGGACCUGGCCUUCGAGUCCAUGCUCAGCCAGAUCUUUGGGGACGACUUCAUCCAGAGCUUCAAAACCAAGCGGCCGGCUGCCUGGGUGGACCUCACCAUUGCGUUCGAGGCCAGGAAGCGGACGGCGGCGCCGGGCGGGGCCAACGCCCUCAACAUCUCGCUGCCCUUCUCCUUCAUCGACUACUACAAAAGACACAGGGGGCAGAGCGUGGAGGCCGCCCUGAGGAGAAGCAAUAUGAACAUCGUCAAGUGGUCGUCGCAGGGCAUGCUGCGACUUAGCCAGGAAGCCAUGAACGAGCUCUUCCAGCCCACCAUCACGAAUAUUGUGCAACACAUUGAAGAGCUGAUGUCGAAACCCGAGGUGCGCGACGUGCGUUUCCUCUUCCUGGUGGGCGGAUUCGCCGAGUCGCCCAUGCUGCAGAAAGCCGUCCACAAAGCGCUCGGAUGUCUUUGCCGCAUCAUCAUCCCGCACAACGUCGGUCUGACCAUCCUGAAGGGGGCGGUGUUGUUUGGGCUCGACCCGACUGUGGUGCGAGUGCGUCGAUGCCCGCUGACGUACGGCGUGGGCGUCUUGAACCGCUUUGUGGAGGGGCGCCACCCCCGGGACAAGCUCCUCAUCAAGGACGACCGGCAGUGGUGCACCGACAUCCUGGACCGCUUCGUGUCCGUGGACCAAUCGGUAGCUCUGGGCGAGGUGGUGCGGCGGAGCUACACGCCCGCGCGCCCCUGCCAAAGGAAGAUCGUCAUCAACAUCUACUGCAGCGCCACCGACGACGUCACGUACAUCUCGGACCCGGGGGUGAGGAAGUGCGGAACGGUCACGUUGGAACUGCCGCAGCCGUUACUACCGCCCGCUGCGGGAGGCCCGGCGAGGAGGGAGAUCAGGGCCACCAUGCAGUUUGGGGAUACCGAAAUCAAAGUGACGGCCGUGGACGUCGCGUCCAAACGCUCCGUCAAUGCGUCCAUUGACUUCCUGUCUAACUGAGCAGUGAGAUAUCCAAAUAGAUUCCAGUCGUGAACAUUUGUGGCGCCAGGGAGUUUCAAAGUCUUGACUUCAGAAUGAAUCGGACAUGUUUCUGGAAAAUGACCGAAAACGUGAAAAGACUAAGAAUGACAUCGUACUCGUUUUGGGGGGAGUCGGCGAUAUAGUGUCCAAUUGUUUUACAGCUUUUCUGAUUUUUUUUUUCUUACCUGGAGUGAGAAUAUCCCGUGACUAUUUUAAUCCACCGUACUACCUAGCACAGUCCAACAUGGCUGUCAAUUAGCAAUGAGCUACAAGCUGGGAGAAGCUCAGAAUGCAACGAGCAGGAAUUGUGGUGUAGUCCGAAUAAUAAGGUCUCGAUCAGCCACUUGUGGACUUUCACGGUGAGAUGGAUUUACUUUCCAGGAUUAAUCACUGGUUAUUUUACGCAAUAACAGCCUCGUUUUUGAUCGCCGUGUCCCAGUGUUGAAAGUAACACACGCAAGUCAUCGAUAAGUUUGAUUUCAGCGGUGCGUUUAUUGUUUGUAAGAAUGGUUCAAUAAAUACACGCACACGG